AUGGCAUCCUCCUUGACAGCCGCAUAUCCAUGGACAACUGCCCCCUUGAUCAGUUGCGCUCCAAUGCGUCUGAUAGCCAAUGCAUCCCUGGCAGCAACCGUCUCCCUAGCCGAUGGUCUCGGCUUCAUAGGCGCCGGCAGCGACAUCAGCACUCUCGCCUCCGAACUCUCCAAUGCCCGUGACAUCCUUUCCAAAGCCAAUUUACCAUCCCCUACAGGCGUGCUACCCAUUGGUGUCGGAUUUCUCCUAUGGGGAGCACCCCUCAAGGACACCCUAGCCAUCUUGAGUAAACCCGAAAACAUACCCGCAGCAGUAUGGCUCUUUGCCCCCAGACAACCAGAAGAUCUCAAAGACUGGGCAGAAGGAAUCCGCAGCGCCACAUCCAACAAGUCGAAAAUUUGGAUCCAAGUAACCAGCGUGCAAGAAGCCCUCGCAGCUACAAAACUCGCUCAGCCAGAUGUGUUGGUAAUCCAAGGCACUGAUGCAGGAGGCCACGGCGCUGCCCAAGGCGCUGGCAUAAUCUCCUUGGUGCCUGAGGCCAUCGAUGCAAUCACGGACUUGUGCAAAACUUCAUCAACACCUCUACCGCAUUUUGUAGCUACAGGAGGAAUCAGUGAUGGUAGAGGUGUGGCCGCAGCAAUCGUGCUAGGUGCCCAAGGGAUAUGCCUUGGAACCCGCUAUCUCGCUGCUACUGAAGCUACAAUCGCACCCGGGUACCGCGAUGCCGUACUACGCGCUUCAGACGGUGGAGUAAGCACGAUACGCUCCUCCGUUUACGAUCAAUUACGCGGUACCACAGAGUGGCCGGCCGGAUAUGGUGGAAGAGGUGUGCUGAAUGCGAGUUUUAGAGAUCAUGAGGCCGGCGUGAAGUUUGAGGAUAACAAGAAGUUGUACGAAGAGGCUGUUGAGUCGGGAGAUAAGGGAUGGGAGGGUGAGAGGGCGAGGUUGACGACUUAUGCUGGUACGGCGAUUGGACUUGUCACGAAGAUUGAAAGCGCGGAGAAUAUCACGAGGGAGGUGAGGGAUGCGGCUAACAAGUUGUUACUGCCUGGUUUGCGUGCUAGCCUAUAG